UGCGUCACCAUAGUUACCAGAGGUGGCGUAGCAUUGUAACGUCCACCGUAGUACGGUAGUAUGCAGUUGCUAAGUUUUCCGUCAUUUCGGUACCGUGUGGGAUCGUCGGUACUCUUUAAUCUUUUUAAUUCAUGCUUGCUGUGUAAAACAAAAGCGUAAUGGUUUGGAUUUGGGCUUUCUUUUUUCCUAUAAAGUGUUUAUCUCAGUUUCAGAAGUAAAACUUUAUACUAAAUGGGGUCGAGUUAAGGAAGAGUGUAAAAUGGAUUUAGCCAGCUAGCUUAGCACAGUGAAGCUUUCUUUUUUAAUGGAAACAUAUGAAUGUAGUCUCGAAUGAAUAUUUUUCAAGAUAUAUUCUCUUUAAAAGAUAUAUUUCUUUCUUUUUUCUUUUUUUUAGAACGCAUAUGGGAUUUUAACGUUUUUUUCUGAUAUUAGUUUACAUCCUGAGCGCGUGUAAGUUACUCAUAGUGGAAGUACAUUUGAUGAACUUGACAAGAUGGACUCUCUUUCCUUCAUAAGCCUUGUUUAUUCCGUUAUUUGAGAUAAAUUAGUAAAUAUGUUAAAAAGGGGAACAGGUUCUAAAGCUAGCUACAGUCCGUAUUCAACGGGCCAGAGGGUCAAGAAAGCAGACAGCAGAACAAAAAAACUGGAUCUGUUGCCCAAUAAGGCCAAUGUUUGGUUGAAACAGCUGUCCAUUCUCCAGGAGCAGCCACGGAAAGAUGGCUCGGAUGCUAGUUCUUCCUCUUCAUCUGCAUCCUCCUCCACCCCUGCAAGUCUUGGUCUACCAGCUGUGGAAGGCCAGAACUGCCUGGGCACUCCCUCUGCCACGCAUGGCAAACUUGUGGGCUGUCCGUCGCCAGGAGGCACCCUGAAGAGGCCUACAACUCUAAGCCGUAAUGCCAGCGCUGCGGGCUCGCCGCUCCAGUCCUGGGUCUUCAGUAAGGGCCAAGGCCGGGCCGCUAUCGCCCAUAGCCCUCACACUGAGACCGUGGAAGCACCUGCAGCUAUUGAGGUGGAGGACAUCCCCCCACUGCUGCACGCUGUGGCUCGUUUUGCUGAGGCUGUGGAGAAACUCAAAGAUGUGGUUCUGGAAGACAAACAGGAGAACCGCCGCCCGUUGGCCCAUGAGUGUCUGGGUGAGGUGCUGCGGAUCCUGCGCCAAAUCAUCAACAUGUACCCACUCCUCAACACAGUGGAGACGCUCACCGCCGCCGGAAAGCUCAUCUCCCAGGUCAAAGGUUUUCAUUAUGAAGUCUGCAAUGAAACUGACAAAAAGGACUUUGAGAAAGCCAUCGAGACUAUUGCAGUAGCUUUCAGCAACAAUGUCUCGGAGCUGUUAAUGGGAGAGGUUGACAGCAGCACUCUUUUAUCAGUACUCCCCACAGAGAAGAGCAAGUCUAUGGAGAAUCUGUACAGAAUCUCUGGUAUGGAGACUUCACAUGACUCUUCUGAAUUAGCAAUGAGAGCUGAGGAGGUGGACAUCCUUCUGCAACGUAGUGAGGGUGGAGUUGACUCUGCCCUGGCGUAUGCUAAGACCAUCUCCAAGUACAUGAAGGACCUCAUUGGCUACGUGGAGAAACGCAUCUCUUUUGAGGUGGAGUUUUCCAAAGGCCUCCAAAGGCUGUAUCAGACAUGCAAGCAAACAAUCACACAGCCACACAUGCCUUUCUUCUCCAUAUACUCUCUGGCACUGGAGCAGGACCUGGAGCAGAGCUCAGUAAUACAGCAGGCUGCAAACACCCUGCAGUGCCAGACCUUUGUUCAGCCUCUGAUGCAGCGUAAACAGGAGCAUGAGAAGAAACGAAAAGAGCUGAAGGAACAGUGGCUCAAAGCUCGGAGAAAGCUGUUGGAAUCUGAGGCUAAUUUGCGGCGGGCCAAGCAGGUCUAUGUCGCCCGCUAUGAGGAAUAUGAGAAGGCCAAGACAGCAGCUAACAGAGCAGAGGAGGAGGGCAGCAGCUCCACGGCCAAAGCAGUGGAUAAGAAAAAGCGACUAGAGGAAGAGGCUCGCAAUAAGGCUGAGGAAGCAGAGGCCACGUACCGCGUGUGUGUUGCAGACGCCACACAGCAGCAGCAGGAGCUGGAGCACACAAAGGUUACAGUGCUGAGACAGAUCCAGGAGGUCAUCAAGCAGAGUGACCAGACCCUCCGCUCUGCCACUAUUUCAUACUACCAGAUCAUGCACAUGCAGACAGUAGUGCUGCCUGUGCACUACCAGACUCUGUGUGAGAGCAGUAAGCUGUACGAUCCGGGACAGCAAUACGCCACCCACGUCAAAGAGCUGCAGAUGAGCGAGGAGCCCGAGGUCCAUUACACCUUCGAGCCCUACUGUGCCUCCAGCAGCCAGCAGGCAGCCAGAGUGCGUAGUGACAGCUCCAACACAGACGCACAGAGCAGCGCUGAAGGGUCAGUCACAGCCGGAGAAACAGCCGAUAUUGCCACUGCUCAGAAAGAGGAGCAGAGGAAAGCACGAGGUCACAUGACUCACAAAUCGUGGGGCUCCACAGUGAGUGACACAGACAGUGUGGUCGGAGGAAAUGACCUCGGUUCCCCCACCAACAGUGCAGGUGACAUCAGUAAAAUGGCCCGAACAUCGUCCACAGGGACCAUGUCAUCAAACGAGGAUGCAGAUGAAAAAGAUGGGGCCAUGGCGAACUUUGAAACAUCCAACAUUAAUGGCAUAGAGCCUGAAAUCGUGGUGCCGACUGGGCCGUUUAGAAACAUAGGCCUAUCCAAAGCUGCGCAAACUCACCGCCUGCGCAAACUACGCUCUCCAGCAAAAUGCCGGCAAUGUGACAGCUACGUGUACUUCCAGGGGGCAGAAUGUGAGGAGUGUUUCCUGGCUUGCCACAAACGCUGUUUGGAGACCCUGGCCAUCCAGUGUGGACAUAAGAAACUGCAGGGCCGUCUCCAGCUCUUUGGACUGGAAUUUUCCCAGGUGUCCAGCAGCAGCUCUGAUGAAAUUCCCUUCAUCAUCAAAAAGUGCACAUGUGAGAUCGAGAGGAGAGCACUAAGGAUGAAGGGCAUCUACCGGGUGAAUGGGGUGAAAACCAGGGUGGAGAAAUUGUGCCAGGCGUUUGAAAAUGGCAAGGAGCUUGUGGAGCUGUCGCAAUCCUCUCCACAUGACAUCAGCAAUGUGCUAAAGCUCUACCUGAGACAGCUUCCAGAGCCAAUCAUGCCUUUCCGCCUGUACAACAGUCUGAUGGGCCUUGCGAAGGAAAGCCUGGCCCUGGUGGGACCUGAGGGGGCAGAGGCUGGGAAAGGGCCUGAUCUGAUAGAUCUGGGUCCAGAGACAAACCCUGAACUCCUGAACCUGGUACACAGACUAAAGGAGCUCCUCACUGAGCUGCCUAAAGCAAACAUGACCACACUGCGCUACAUAGCACGCCAUCUCCGCAGGAUUGCUGAGCUAGAAGAGGACAAUAAGAUGAGCCCCAGUAAUCUGGGUAUUGUGUUUGGACCCUCACUGAUGCGGCCCCGGCCCUCGGGGGCCACAGUGUCCCUAUCUUCUCUGGUGGAUUACCCCUAUCAGGCCCGCAUCGUGGAGAUGCUCAUUGUGUUUUACCCCACUGUCUUCCCUUCUGAGUCAAAUCGCACUGGCGGCAUCAGUACAGUCCGUUCCUUGUCACUGCAGCAGGAAAGCAGUAUUGAUGGGGAGGACUCGGGUACAAAUGAUGAUGAAGCAGAUCGCACUGAAGAACAUGGAGGAACCGAGGCAGACAAGAUAAAUGAAGAACUAGAAGGCUCCACAGGCACACUGGGGUCCCUGGAGCAUAGUCUGGAUUCUGACUCUGAGCUGGAGGAGGAAGGAGGCGGGACUGAAGAACAGCCACACUCCCCAAUCAAUAAUGAGGAUCCUGAAAUAACCCCUCCCACAGCAGAGGUCCAGAAUCAAUCAGGUUCAGACAACGAACCUCCUGCAUUGCCUGAGAGUGAGCCUCCGGAGCUUGAGAGUCCAGAUGAUCUACCAACGAGCUCAUUCGCACAGCUCAGCAUCACCCAGUCCAACAAUAAUGAGCCACAGUGUUAAUCAGCAUUGUUUGGGUAUGAGGACUAAGCCCUGGAUUUAAAGAGACUCGCUUCCUUUGCAGGAACUUUUUCAGGAACUUUAAGCACGUUUCCACAACAGAAGCCAGUUACCGCCCCUUAGUUUCAGUAAUCUGCUACAGACUCUGAACUUUUCUGCAGGCCAGGAGCUUUACAAAAAAAAAAACCCAAAAAAACCCCUGUGUUUAACUAGCAAGCUUGUUUUAUAUCAGAUGCAGUGCAGGAUGACAGGCACAUUUCCAUGAUGCUUUUGUUUUCACACACAUGGUGAGACAAAAAUAUUGUGGCUUGCUUGUAGCUGCAAAAAGGUCUUGAAGAUUGAAAUUGCACUUAGUGCCUGCUUUACUGCUGCUGAUUUAAGACUCUAAUUUAAUGUUAACCCUGCAUUCACACUGGCAGUGAGGCAACAUGACAAAGCAGCUUGAAGUCAUUCAUUUACACUGAGCGCUGAUGAUUUACCGUGACAGGAGGUGAACCGACUGCAGUGCAAAGUGAGCAGGGUGAUGCACAUGAAAAAAGUCAAUCAGAGAUUAAAUGGAGCUAAAAAAUAAUUUUUAUAUUUUUGUUAUAUAUUUGCAUAUUUUUGUUAUUCCUGUGAGAAGUUAGCAGUCACACUCUGAUGUCACGGGAUAUCGAUAGCACAAUUACGAUGGUGUGUCAGGAGAAAAGUGUUUCGCGAUCUCAAACGUAUGGGAUACUGAUCAGGUUCCUUCAAACAGAAGUGUUUCUUUUCUCAACAUUAUCUGGCUAUAAUGAAUGCAAAGUGACUAUAUGACACUGAGAUUCAAAGAGAUUCAAAUCAGCUAUCAGCACGACGGCAUUGACGGAGGUAGGAGCAUGACUGUUGAAGCUCUAGAAGCUGAUCUGUAUGAGGAGGUGAAAGCUGGACAGAAUAAAGCGCUGCUGUAUCGCUCUCUUUAAGAAGAAAUGAUGCAAGGGAUAAUUCCCACUAGCCCCAUUAUUAACAGGUAGUUGAACAGCAUUUUUUGUAUAUAAUAAAUAAUUAUAUAAUGAUUUUUUUACUAAAAAGGGGCCACACAUCUCGUGUUUAGCAGGCUUGUUCCAUAGCCAGUUUCGUAGUUUGUGCUACCAAAUCGUGCUUGCCAGAUGUUGUCAGGGAAACCAGGUAAAAUUUGUUUGAAAAAAAACUUGAACUUGCAAAAAAGUUAGCAGCACCUACUAGCAACCAACAUAGAGCAACUUGACGAUAAAAACUUGCUGCCAGUGUGAAUGCAUCGUAAUUCCCAACCUCCACCUUGUUCACAGUGUUGCUGUAGUUUAGUUUUAUUUACAGUUUUACAGCAGUGGAUAUAUACAGUAUAUAGAACCUUUGUGUGAUCCUUGUUUACCACGCAUAUUGUUCAAACAAACGGAUAUUUAAAUGAGUCAAGCUAUAUGUGUGUGGUGCGAGUAAGAAGCGUUAUUCAGUAUUAUUCUUCACUAACAAGUGAAAAUGUAAUGUUUUUCAUACAUUAUUAGAAAUGUAGAUGUGUUUUUUUCCAAGCCAUUGUUGCUGAAAAUGUCCAUGUCUUAAUUCAUUUUUAAUGUACCAUUCUUUUAAUAAAAUCAGCUGAUUGGCUUGUCUUGAAAGCUGGAA